AGUAGCCUUCACUGGUGGUGUAGUGUUUGCGCGGUAACGGUCUUCUUUUUAUAUCACUCACGGGAAUUCGAUUUCAUUAACAAAUAUUAUUAUUCCGUUCCUUAUUUUUAUUUAGUAAACUUAACUAAUGUUUUCAACAGUUAAAGUUAUUUUUAAAUGUAAUUUUUGAUUAAAUUUCACAAUGACUUGUUCGGACAAGGGAUUUACGAGGAUUAAUAUCCUUUCUACGUGCAAUAGAUCGGUAGAAACAGUCAAACGCAAACGAAUUUUUAUAUCAAAAAGGUAAAGUCGAUUUACAAAGUUAUUUUUUGUCACGGAAUUUUAUAAAAUCAUAUUUAUUAGAUAAAAAUAUAAUUUUAUAUUUAAUAGAAGUAUUUCCCAUAGUAUAAUAAUACUAAUUAGAUACUAGUAAAAAGACAAAUUAGACUAAAAUAUACAAAUCAAUUAUAGUUUUAAGGAAAUAUUAAUACUCAACGAUUUAGUUUUUUAAUAGUGUUCUUGUAUGGUGUUAUUGUAAAAUAUUAUAAAAUAAUAAUAAUUAUCAUUUAAGAUAAGUAGCUAACCAGAUAGUUUUUUUUAUAACAUAUAGGUUUAAUGUCAUUUAUAGGAAUAUACAUAUUUUAAAAUAACAAUUCAAAUUAUUACUAUAGGUAAUUUUAAUAAAUUGAAAAUAAAAAAAUGAACGUACUUAUUUAUUUAUGUAACGAACUACAAUUAUGUAAAAUCCAUCAUAGGAACAAAAGUUAUUGAAAAUUGUAAACAAACAAAUUGAUGUCGGAUUUAUUCUUAAAGUUUUUAAUAAUUUAAUUUUGUUGAAAUGCUGAUAAAUUCAGAGUAAAUGUAAACAACAUCCUGGCCUGUAAACACUAGACAAAAUUAAAUAUUAUAAUACUCGUAUAUCCGAACGAUUUUAUUUCAAGAUAAAAUAUAUGAGUAGGUGUAUUAAUUGUUUUAUUUAUAAUUUGAAUUUAUGUCGCAUGUGCAUAUGAUACAAUUGUCAUAAAAUAUUGCAAUACUAUAUAUUUAUAUGCAAUUUUGAAUUAUAUUAUAAUAUUGUGACCGUUUAUACGACAUUAAUGCCGGGUUACACUAAAUAUUUACAUAGAGAUGAACCUGAUUAUCUGGAGUUAAAUAAAUUAGGUUGUAUAAACCAUUUUUUAAAUUUUAUCCGGGGAUAAAUAUGUUCUCUAUCAAGAGUCAAAUUACAGGCACAUUUAUCGUCAUAUAAAAAUGUAUAUAUAAUUGAAUUUCGUUAUCAAUGUUUUUGCAUUACUAUUUAUUUGUUAACCAAUAUUUUGAUAAUUACUUGAAUAUAAAACAAUGAUUGAACAACACUCGUAAAUUAAAUACACGUUUAAACUUUAAUUUAUCAACCAUUAAUUUAAUAUUAUCAUAAUAUAAAUAUCCAACACUAAAUUUAUCAAUGGAUAAUGACAAAUUUGGUGCAACCGGAUAUUAAUAAAGGUAUAUUUUUAAAAUGAAAAAAAAUCGAAUUCAAUAAUUAAUCAAUAACUAAUAAUACCCAUAACCGGCUGAUUUAUAUGAAAAGGAAAGCGGUUGACCAUUAAAUUUGUACAAACAGAUUGUAAUUGUGUGGUAAUAAACGUUAUAAUUAUAUUAUAGUUUUAUCGGUGUUACUUAUUGUAUUUUUUUUAAAUUUAUAAAACGAUCGAGCACCGCUUUUCAUACAAAAUGUAUUAUAAGUGCCUCUCAAACAGACUGAAUAAUAUAUGUAUAUUUUUAAUUUGAUGCGAAUAUUAUAAGAUUUAUUGUUUUAUUUAUUAAACAUUCUAAUCUUCUUCUGUGGUAUUCAACCCUAUAGUUGGUCUUACAGUCUUCAUUCAUAUUCCCUCUAUUCUUUCCUGUUACUGAACGAAUCUCUUCGGGUCAAUAUAGCCCAUUAAUUAAACAUUUCAAUAUUGUACAGCAUUAGAAAAUUGAAUAUUUAUGUAACAUUUUCAUUGUGACGUGUAUACUGUAAAUUGUAUAGAUAUUUAAUUAUACAGAGUACUCAUAUAUAUAUAUAUUAUUUCUUAUAUAGUUGAUGGUGUGUUGUAGAUAGUUUACGUCGUUUACGGUGUUUAGACCAUGAAAUUGUUGAAUUAUUUUAAGAAGUACAUAUAGUGGCAUGAUAUAUAUUGUAGUUCGGACACAUAAAUUAUCAUACGAAUAAAUAAAAUCGGUUGACAUUUUUGUCCGGAAUAUUAUUUUGUACAUCAUCUAUUUUGCAUAUGUUAAUAUUCUAGAUAUUACAGCUGUAUAUUUAAAUAGUCGUAUGCUAUUUUAAUUAAAUUUUUUAUUGGAUUCUCUAAUUUGCAUUAUUUGGCAUCAGAUCAAAUUAAAUCUUAUACAGGUACAGUUAUUAUAUUUUUUUUAAAAAUCAAAUCUUUUGAAGAUAGGAACAUUUGCAUGUACACCUAUCCUACACAUACAAAUUUAUAACAUAAAAUAAUAUUUGGUAUCCCGUAAGAAUUUUGAAAGAAGUCAAAAAAAAAAAAUGAUUUUAAACUAAUUGUUUUGUUAUAAGUCGUAUUUAAUUAGAAUUUAGUAUAAAUAAUUAUUUAAAAAAAGUUUAAGUUUAUGUUUCAUAAUAAAGUCAUCAUAAUUUAUUUAUUUAUUGAUCAUUAAAAAUUAAUAAUAAACAUUGCAUUACAAACAUUUUACCAUUCAUUAUUCACCACUUACUGAUCACCGUCAAACGUAUUUAUUCAAAACCACCAAAUAAGAACUACUUAAUAAAUUUCACAUUAAAAUUUGUUUAUCAAGUAUGAACCCAUAAUUGUUUAAAUUAUAUAUUAAAAUUUGUUUAUACUUAACACCGAUUAUUUGAUCUUAAGAAUGAAGUUUAUUCAAAUUAAUAUAUUAUAAUAUUACUAUCAUACAUUCAACCAACAAAAAUUUCCUUCCCAUUUUACAGACUUUUUGAACCAUAUUUGAAUUGACAGCAGUGGCCAGUGAGAGAUUUGUUUUCACAAUACUUUCUUACUGCUGCUAUCGUUUAUUGAACAAUUACAGCUAAUACUUAUUUAUUUCAUAAAUCCUGUUUCACAUGUAUGGGACAGGCUAACAUAUUCAUGGGCAAUUGAUAAACGAUACAACGAAGCAAAAUAAUCCAAUGUCUAACUUCACUAACUUAACACUACUGUAGUUGCCUGUACUCCGAGUCUUCCCGGCUCGAUUCAAGAACCCAAGCCUGGAGGCUCAUAUUGCUCUUCCUCUUUAAGACCCGGUUAGUGAACCUGCCGGUAAUUUUACAUAGACUUAGGACUGUUUAGAACACCUAAGUAUGUUUAAAAGUGUUGCAGUGAAAUUUGACACUUAUUCAAUUUUUAAUAUGUUCACCAAUUAACUACCUACCUACCUAUUUCUUUUCACCAAUUUUUUUUUUUUAAAUUUUAUUUAAGCUCCUUUCAUUGUUUUAUAUAAGUUUUGCAUUUGAUUUCUUUUAAUUGUUCAAUCAAUUAAAAAAUAUUUUGGUGAGUGGAAUAAAAUCGCGAAUUGAGUUUUCUCUGAAACGAUUCUUAAUAGUUUGUUGUUCAUUCUGAUGUAGCUAAAAACCCUGUUCACAUUUUUGGUGAAAAACCACAAUCACUUUCAAGUACAUAAUCAAAAAAGGCCAAGAUUUUCAUUUACUUGUUUUAUAACCAUUGACUGACGAGAAAUUAUAAACAAACAUAACCAAUUUAUUAAAUAUAAUAGGAGAACUUUCCCAGACAAUUUCCAGACAUUAUAGAUAACCCAAUAAAAUAUGAUAUGAUUAUAGAUUUGUAUAGGAAUCAAUUCGAACAGUCGGAUGAUGAUAAGUAAUUUGUAUCGGGAACAAAUUCCAUAUUACUCACUACAUAAUGGUACCUAUAUAUUAUUACGGAGACAAAAGAUAAAUAAUACAAAUAAUAUGGGUAACCCCCUUCCCAUUCUAUUAAGUCACCCCUGUACCUGAAGUUACAUUAAAUAAAUUUCCCGACAAUUUAGAAAGCCCCCUUCUGCUGAGGGACGUGCUAUCCAGGUUGGAAAACACUGUUGUAAGUUUCUAAUGUAAGGACCUUGAUUGAGCUAUAGUUGUCAUAAUAUUUAACAUGUUACAUAAUAUGCAUACCUAAUGAUUUUUUUUUUUAUGAAUACGUAUUGUAUAUUUUUACAUAGUACUACCUAUAAUUUGAAAGAGAAUGAUUUCUUUUAAAUGAAUACAUUUAUUGAUUCAAUUAUUGUUCUUAUGUAAAACAUCAACGAAAAAAAUUAACCCGUAACCUGUAUUGGUCCUCGGUCACCCGUCGAGAUGAAAAUAAAUAAAUGUAUGUAAUAUAGUUCAGGAACAUUUCUAUCUGCACUGUCAUGCAUCUGCAAUCUACAUGCUGAGUUAUUGAUGAUUUCUUAGUUUAAUUUUUACUAAUUUUGACCAUGAAUUAAAUUUAUAAAAAAAAAAAAUAGUAAUUAAAAAUAUUUUGCUUUUUUUUUAGAACCAGUGAACUUAUUGCACUUGUGGCAAUUUCAUCAACUUUAUUUUUAUUUAUACACACCAGAGAUUUGCAUACCAGACUCAGAUCAUUACAAUCCGUUACGAAUUCAGCAUCAACUUCAGGUAACAUUCAUUUUAAAUUUAAAAAAACCUAGUUUUAUACAAACUAUACUCAUAGUAAGUAGUUUAUUAUAUAGGAUGAUUCAUUCAGUAUAAUUACGUGUGUGGAGAGUUUUUUCUUACCCUGCAUAUAUUUUGUUUUCUAUGCAAAUAAACUGCAGUAGGUACCUAUCUCCGUACAUUGUAUCAAUUCAAUGUUUAUACCGUUCAAGCAAUGUAAAGGAAAAUGUAAUAAAAUAAUCGUUUGUUUGUAUUAAAUUCUGCAAGACAUAUCCGAACAUUACAUUUCCAUACAAUCAUAUUAUUAUAGAAACAUAUAGGUAUUUGGUUUUAUUAUGCACAACAAGCUUUGUUCCCAUUUUUACUUUUGAGGUGGUAAUGGCGUCUCACGAUUUAUGUACAACGUUUACGAAAAUAUGCAUUAAGCAAUGUGUUCACGUACGAGACGGACAAGCCUGACAAAAGACCGUUUUUGUUCCGUCGCCGCUGGACGACUGACCAUCAUUAGUCGCGAGCGUUGUUUUAAAAAGCAGCAGUAAAGUAACAAAUAAAUGUGUAUGUACAUUUUUAUGAAACGGGUAUUAUUGUAUAUGUCUCGUGCCCUACAUUAAAAGACACGACAUUUCAUUAUUUAAAAAAAAACCAUAUUUUUACUCGCAUCGCACCGGCCUAUUCAAAAAUGAGUUUAGAAAAACCAACAAGACUUUCUCUUUUGUCAUCUAGCCACGGGUUGAAUAUAACAGUCUGGAAAUUAAAAUAAAUCAUAUUAAUAAAAAAAUUUAUUCACAUUUAUAAAAAAAAAAUUAAAAAUUAAUACAAUUUAUAAAGCCGUUCGAUUGUUUAGUCAAACAUUUGUAUACAUUAUUUUAUGAAUUAUACAUAUUAUAUUACACUAUUACACUUUAGUACCCUUUAGGUACUAAUACUGAUGAUGAACUUUUAUAAUUAUUUUUUUUAAACUAACGUUGGCUUUUUAGCUUAAAAAUCAUAUACGCAUGAUAAAUUGCCUACUUUUUUGUGUACAUGUGCUUUGUUACACCGAUUAUAUAAAUAUAUAAUUUAUAUUUGGUUACACAUUUCAUAAUUAUUUUUUUAGUACUUACUUAUUUGCAUCACUAUAUUUUACGGCUAUGAAGUAAGAGAGUGCGCGUCUCAUCUAUCUCAAUGUAUUCCUAUCUAUAAUCAUUAUGAUUAAGAAAUGCAAUAUAAUAUUUAUUUCCUUCAGUAUUGUAAUUAAUAGUUAAAUUUAAAGGCGUACAAAAAAAAUUGUUCGGGAUAUUUCGAUUUUUGAAUUAUAAUUGAUUAUAGAAUUAUUUGUGAACUUUCUGUUCAAUUUUCAGAUAUUUUAUUUUAAUUCAAAAUAUCUAAACAAAUUACUGAUAUUUUCUAAAUUAAUUGAACCAGAAACCAAUAAUAUUUUCAAAAUGUAUACCACAUUUAUCAAACAUCAAAUUAAUAGAUCAUCUUAAGUUUCAAGUGCCAUUAAAUAUUUUCUGAAUUACAACAACAUUUGAUAUUGUUGUAGAUUUUAUUGGUUCGUAUCAGAUUGUUCGUAAUUUAUGCUUAAAUUCUAGACAUUUUAUAAUAAUUUUAUAAUUAAACUAAAAUUAAUUGGCAAUUUGUCUUUUUUUUAAAAAAUAGACAAAGCAUAUAAUUGGAAUUAUAAUUGAAGAACUUUUUAAAAUCGAAUAAAAAAUAAAUCAUUGCUUACAUAUAUACAUGAAAUUCCUGUCUAUAAUUAUUCUUGUCUUAAUUAUAUCUAUUAAUAAACGAUAGUAGUGGUGGGGCAGCAAUGUUAAAAACUAAUCACUCAUUGCUGUAGGUUAAUUCGUAAAAAAAAAAAAUUUCUGUCUUUAUCCUAUAUUUUCCUAACUUUCCACCUACAACAGUCGCUGCACCCAUGUGCGAAGUAUGUCUGUCUUUUUUUUUUCGUAGGUACUAUGUGGAUAUAAUUGUUUGACCAAACUGAAAAAAAUGCUUGAAAAUUAAACAGGAGAUUCAUUAUAAGUUGUACUUAGUAGUAAACAAAAAGUAUACAGUGUAGUAUAAUAGUAGUUUUAGAUUCUGAGUGGAGCGAAGAAACUUAUGGUUUUACAAAGAUAUUUAUUUAUUAAUUUUUCUUUUUUUAUCUGUGCGGAACUUUUCUACCAAAAAACUUGCUCAGAUUUCUAGUGUAUCAAUCUUUCUAAAAGGAAAUUUCACUAGCAAAGUACUUAAAAAGAGGUCAUUUUUCGAUUUUACUGAAAGUUUCUCAAAAACCCCCAAAAAACAUAGGAAAACCGGGUAAAACAUAAAUCAGUACAAUAUUAAACAAAUAUUAUUAAAGAAAAUAUAUAAACCCUAUUUAAUUAUUUUACUAUAAAAUGACAUCUAUAUUUUUAACAAAGCUUCACUAUCAACUGAACUCCGCUCAGAAUCGUUUUUUUGUAAGUAAUGGUACAUCGUUGCUUACAGGUAUACAUUAAAUUAUCUAUAGCAGUGGCUGCACUCAUUCCCAUUGUCCUAGGAUAAUGAAUUUUUGACUUGAAUUACAACAAAAAAUCAAAUUAAAAAUAAUAAAAGCAUUAUUUUCAUAAAUUUUCCUGUAUUUCCUACGUUUAUUUUAUAAUGAUUAUUAUAAAAACUGUUUGUUAAAUCAAAAAAUGACUUUCUUAAAAUACCAACUAGAUAAAAUUAAAUUUUAGAAAAAGUAUUACACUUUAUACUUAGGAGCAAGAUUUCUUAAUUAGAUUAGAAUUUCUGUACACAGUAAAAAAAAAUUUUAAAAAUAAACAUCAUUGUAAAACCAAUACAUUCUUCGCUCCGCUGAAAAUCUAAAAUAAUAGAAUACUUCAUGUAGAAACUUAAUAAUAAAACCAAGACAAUAACUGUCAUACUUUUUUCUUAUAGCAUAAAAAACUAAACAAAAUACUUAUACUUAACAAAACUUUUAUUAGAAUAACAUAUUUUCAUUAAUAGCCCGAUCCUUAAUUCAAUACAGUAUUAUAGUUUGGGGAAGCAUAAAUUAUAAUUAUAACAAAAAUAAGCAAUAUUUUUUAUUUUUAAAAAUAAUGUAUUUAAAACAAAAAGUCAAACAUAUGUACCUAAUUUAAGAAAAAUAAUUUUGAAAUACCAUUCGUAAACACCAAACAGCUUGAAUGUCUUGCAUACAUGUUGUAUUAAGGUGUCUAAAUGUUAUUUCAAAAUAAUUACUAAAUUGUUCAAAUUAUUCAAAUUUGAAAUAUAAAACUUAAAUGUUGAUUUUACAAUAAACUGUAAAUAAUAAAAACAAAAAUUCAAAACAAUUGAAUUUCUAAAAAAAAUGUUGUAUUAAUUUUAAUUAAUUUUUAAGAUUCCUGUACUAAACUAAUUCACUCUUAUUAUAUUCACUUUUUAACUAUUUUAAUGUAGAUUUGUUCUUAUUUUCUUAUUAUCACUAUAAUUCUUUACAAUUUGUUUUAAUAGAUAAAAUACUCAUUGCUUUUCGAUACAUGGAUAUACCUCAGUGUAGAGUGAUUUCUAAUAAUACUUCUCCAUAUUUUCCGUACUAUGUAUAUUUCUUACAUCUAGAAUAAAUAAAUGAUAUUAUUUAUUAUAAAAAAAAAUUAUAAUUAAUUUUAAAAAUAUGAAAAAAUUGUGGUUGCAUUGGAAAGGAAAAAAUAAUAAAUAGUUUUUUUUGGAAAUCUUCAUAUAAUUGUAUUCAUUGUUUUUAUUCGUAGCGUAGUAAUAUUCUCCCAUCAUCUCCAAUUUAUACAGUUAUACCAAGAUAAUUUAUUUAUCUAGUAUAAAGAUCCGUAUUAUAGAACAAUAUAAAAUAAAAUUUUGAUCCAAAAAAAAACCUAUAAAAUAAAACUAAUUUUUGCUUUACGGAUCAUAUAAAUUGUUCUAGAUCCCCGAUGCAGGUAAAUAAUCAUGUUUUAUUCAAUAUCAUAAAUAAGUUGGUAAUAACUUUUAGUUUAUAUAAUAUAUAAUGAGUUCGAACAAAUUUCAUACAUGUAAGAAUGUGAAGUAUAAUGUCUGAACGUAUAAUAUUAAAUGAUUUAAAUUUAAACAAUGUACUUGUAUUUGCUUGGAUACAAUUUAUUGUUAGAUAGUAUCCACCUGACCACCUACUUACCUAUAAUAGGUAUAGGCACGUUUUCAAACGAUAAGAUUCUUUUUAUACAGUACCAACAUUUUUCCUUAAAAGCAAUUAUCUAGAACAUUUCAUAAUUUAGCAAUUGUACAUGGAUAUUAUUUUAGAAAGGUUAUUAUAUUUUUGUAUUUAAGAAAUAUACAAUUACCUAUUAUAUUUUGUACCUUUUUAUUUCUAUCUAUGUAUCUACUUACUUAUAGUUAUCUCUCCGUCUCCCAAUUUUUGUCCCCACGAUAAUACAAAAAUAAUGCCCAUCAUGCACGUAAAUAUAUUAUUAUUUAUGUGAAUACCUGUAAAAUGAUCUUACUAUAGUAAUAGAGUUUCCCUUUAUUAUUAUAUACCUAUUUGGUUAUAUUUCGAUCGUUAUUAUUUAUUUUAAAAUAAUAAUCUUAAACAGUUUAAGACUGUAACGGGGUGAGCAGUGGCAUAAAUAGGGAAAAACAUCAAGGGAGACAUAAGCCCUUGUCGGUAAUAUAAGAAGCAUAUUAUGCAAUGGUUUAUUUUUUCUUGGUAUUAGAUGACAAACCUGAGAUUGCCUCAGUCGAGGUACUUGCAUAAAUAUAGGUAUAGAUACGAGUACAGUUCAUUGCAUCAUAAGAACCAGUAAAUCUAUGCAAAAUGUUUCUAUAUCGAAAAAAUUCAUUGUAAAAUUGUUUGUAAAUUUAAAUUUUAAGCAAACUGUAGUAUGUUCUAAUGUAAAUGAAGUGUUAUUCUAGAAGCCGGUAAAAAAAAUGUUAUUCAUUAAUAUAAAACGCGAGAAAACAGCAAAUUGAUCAUUGCUGAAAUAAUAUUAUGAAAUAUAAUACAGGGUGUCCCACGAAGAUAUACCCACUGUAAUAUCUCCGGAGACAAUAAAGAUAAUCAUACUAUAUGUUUUUUAAAUUACUGACAGGGAUAAGGACUACAAGUAUUUAAUUUUAUAUUUCAAUACUUUUUUUAUGUUUUGGUAAAAUACUUAAAUAAAUGGCUUUUUAUUUUAUUGUUUCUGAAAAAUUUGAAAAUACCCGUUUUAUAGAGUUUAUUCUUCUGAAAUUUUUAACAUAUUAACUUUUUAUUUUUAUUAAAUUCAUGAUUUUUAAUAAUUAUUUAAAGUUCAAAGAGAAGUACUAAUAAUUAUACAGCAGGCUAUAUAAUAGCAUUCACUUAUUAAUUAUUAUUAUUAUGGCUAAUUAACUAUACACUUUUUUUUUCUGAACUUAAUUAAAUGAAAUUAUUAAAAAUCACGAAUUUAAUCUUCGUGGGACACCUGUAUAUAUAUAUUUUUAUGUUUAGACGAAAUGACGAAUUGUUUUAUACAUUUAUAAUAUGAUUGGUUACUAGAUAAUUUAUAAAGAAUUAAGAAAACAACUUUUCUAUAUGAUGUAUGAUGAGGAUAUUACCUAAAUUGAACAGUAUAGCUUUGAUUUUAUUUUUUAUUUCAUCGUUUUUGUGAAAGCAAAAUUAAUUUAAGUCGUCCAUUACAUUUAAAAUAUUAUAUUACUUUAUAAUACUCGAAUGAAAAAUAAAUCAUUCUUUCGUUCACGCCAACGGUACCUUAAAAAUCGCACACAUUUCCGAAAAUCGUAGAGAGAAAGUUGGCGGUCAUUGCCAAUGGUGUCCUGCAAUUGCCAUUGACCUCUGACAUGGUAUCGCCACAGGUAAAAUACAAUAUGUGUGUUAUUAUACUAUUAUAUAUAUUUUUCAACUAUCGAUUUCAAAUGGCAUAGGAUAUAUAUAUACAUUUAUGAAGAGAGAGAUAAGAUUUUUUUCUAACGGAUCUUCAUCAGGUAAAACGUGAUAUACCCACUUAUAUUGCCUUUAAGUCGAAUAUUCACUAGUAAUAUAUAUAGGUAUAUAAUUUUAUUAACUAAGUACUAUAUAUAUUUAUAGUGUUUAAUGAAUAAUCUGGUCAAUUAAAAUAAUAGAAAUGUAUAGUCACCUAGGGGAGGUUUACAAAAAAUGAAAAUAAAUAAUUAUUCUUUCCUUUAUAAAUUUGAGUCAAAACUAUUAAAUCACAAACCGUAUUGAUUUGUUUAAAUUUUAUCAUAUUUGAAACCGAAAAGGUUUUAUAUAGAUUUUUAAACAUAGACAUUAGGUAUAGCCGGUAUAGGUGUCAGCUAUUUAUAUUUAAUUUUAUCAACAUUCAGUUAUCCUUAAAAAUGAACAAUGAUAAAAUAAAUACAACUAUAACUAGUUUACAUCAUAUACCUACCAUAAGUAUAAUAUGGUGUAUUCAUAUAGAUAUCUAUACUCGCGUGUAGGUAUCCACUUCAAAUCAUUCACAUUCAAUUUUAUAAUAUAUUGUCUCAAAAACUUAUUCAAAUUUGUUGUAGUUAUAUUUCAAGACUAAAUCACAUGAAAGCAUUUACAUUUACAUUCACUUUUUUUUAAAUCUCAAUGUAAUGACCGUUUCGAAAUAAUAGCCCAGAUUGUAUGUAUACACAAAUAUGUUUAUAUAUGUUCAUCCUAUCCUCUCUCUAUUUGAACUGAACCAUUGAGAUGCUUACGUAGUCAAGUGCAGGUCUACUUGAAUUUGACGUUAAGAUUAUACCUACCUACAACCUAUUAUGCUGUCAUGGCGUCACGUUUGAACAAUACGAUGGUAUAGGCAGUAUUAUAUUAUUAUACAUAUAGAUACCUACUACAAGAACAUUAUUAAUAAAAGGAGUAUUUAUUUUGUAGUAUAUAGUAAGAAAAGAAUAUUACAACACAAUAUUUCUAUAUACGAAUUGGUUAUAAAUUAGAGCUGUACCCAUACAAUAUAUGUAUAAUAUAUUAGCUAUUGUUUCAAUGUUAAUAAAUAAUAACUUAUUGUAAAAUAAAAAAGAACAUCAAUAUUUUGUUAUACUUGCUACACAACUACUGUAGUAACGCACGAUGAAAAAUGAUUCUUUAAUUUCAUUCAUAAACUAUAUCAGAACGGGUAAAAAUUAUUAAUUGCCUAAUAAUAUAUUAAAUUAAAAAGCAAUGCACACCUUGGUACUUAAAGUCUUGGCGAGUGUGUUAUUCUAUCACAGUUUUGGACGAAUAAAAAUCCACAGAGGUGAUUGCCAGACUGCAAGCAAUGCCAGCAAUGUAUGGAUUAUUGAUUAUAUUAUAUUUUUAAUUAGAUUCAUUAUAUUAUGGAUGUAUGGAUUGAAAUAAUAUAAGUUGGAUUGAAUUUCAAUAUGAAUUAAACACGUCUUUAGGGAUGUAUUCUCAAUUCGACAAAUCCGCCCCCUUGUACACGUGCUUGCUACCGAUGUGUAUAUUUAUUAUAGUCGUAAGAAAUGAUUAAAAUUAAUGAUUCGUUACAAACGAUCACGAUUAAAUUGCCUAUACCUAUCAAUUUCAUUUGAGUUUACAUUGUUAUACUAUAGUGCGAAAUGUGUAGACGCGCGCAUUGUGUAAAAUUGAUAGGUUUUUCUUUCACGUUACGUAUUAUCAUAUUGUAUAAUAUUAUGUAAUAAUUAUUUUAUAUUACCUAUGAAAAAUCAUAAUAAUCAUAAGUGUAUGUAUAGACAUUAGAUACCUAUAGAAGUGCUACGCGUUUAAAUUUAUGAUUCUAUUAAUAUAAUAUAUUUUAAUAAAAGUGUGUAUAAAUGCAAAAAGUAAGAGUUAAAAAUUAUCUUUUAUGCAUAUAAAGGCAUGCUCCAAAAUGUAUAGGUAAGUACCUUAAAAAUAUUGUGAUAUGCUUUCAUAUUACCUAUAAACUGUAUGCAUAAUAUUAUAUGAACAGAGGAAGUUAUCGAACCGUGUCAUACGUUGAUUUACUCUGAGUUUGGCGAACUCACACGAAAAAUAGCAAUUCUACAUUCCGUAAAUAUACAAUAUUUUUCUUUAAACCGUCAUCCAAUUACACGGAUGUUAUCAUCUUUAAAUUUUGAUAACAGGCCAAUUAUAUUUACUCUGAUAAUAAAAAUAAUAGAAUAUUGUAUAUUUGUAUCAAUUAUACACACAUGUACCUAUAACAUACAUAUUUUAUAUACGUGCAUCUGACAAAUGUGUGACAGUAUUCUUUUUGUACUUUUUUUUAAUAGAUUCAUACAAUUUAUAAUAUAUAAAUGAGGAUACACAGUUGUUUCUGUUAGAAAUCUCUAGAAGAAUUGAAAUGAUUUUCUUGUAAAAUAUCUGUACCAAUAUAUUUUCAAAAAAAAAUUAACAAUAAUAACAUUAGGUUUAUAAUUUAUAAAAAAAAACAAUACAAGUUAGUCAAAUUUAAAUAUAUAAUGAUAUAGAUGAAAUAUUUGAGUAAAUAACAUUUUAAACAAUUGUAUAUAUAUAUAUACAGGUUGUCCCACGAAGAUAUACCCCUUUAAUAUCUCCGGAGAUAAUAAAAAUAAUCAAAUUCUGUUUUUUAUAUAACUUACAAGAAUGAGGACUACAAAUAAUUAUAUUUGAAUUACAUUUUUUUAGUAAAAAAAUUUAAAAAAUAAUUUUGUAUUUUAUUAUUUUCGAAAAAUUUUAAGAUAGUCAUUCUGAAGUUUUUUUUUUAAUUUUGAUGGAUUAGCCAUUUAUAUCCGAUGAAAAGUAAUGGUAUCUAGGGAAUAACCUAACCGCGUUAACGUCGGUUUUCACACGGAUUAGUAGAAUUUAAAACGGCUGUUACUUAGAAGCUAUUCAUCAGAUAUAAAUGUGUUAUAAGUAUAUUAAAAUGUUUAAAAAAUAAUAAAAUAAAAAAUUAUUUUUAAAUUUCUUUAUUAAAAAAAAAAAACUAAUUCAAAUAUAAAUAUUUGUAGUUUUCAUCCCUGUGAGUAAUAUAAAAAAAAAAAAAAAACAGAAUUUGAUUGUCUUUAUUAUCUCCGGAGAUAUUCAAAGGGUAUAUUACUGUGGGACAGCUUGUAAAGAUUAUAGAUACUUGCACGUUAUACUUUCACAUGGAUUACAAUUUUACUUUGUGUGAAUCCGACAAUAAGUUUAAACCGGACCUUAGUCGAUAGUAUAUAUACGGUAUACUACAGCAUUGUAUUCGUAAUUUUCUAAAUUGUUACCUAUACUGUCUAUGUCUAAAUGGUCAAUUGUCUGCCCUCAAUUGUCCCGAGCUCAUUUUUCCGUGUUCAAGUAUCAGAACUUUCCCAAGAAGAUUAUUAUACCUUUACUAUUUUAAAACGGUAUAUACGUAAAUAGAAGUCAUGCGAAAACUCUCGAUAUCGUAUGACUGAAAUUAUACGAGUAGUAUAUCUACCUAGUUUGUUUAAGCGAGACACCAAUAUCUGCACUAUACAGCAAACACAGGUAUAUACGGUUAUAAUUAAUAACAUUUAUAAUAUGUUGUAUCUUAUUUUUAACCUUAUCUACCUACAUAGGUUUAUUAACGUUUAUAUAUUUAAUACUUUUUUAUAGUUUGUUACCUAUGCAUAUAGUAUUGUUAUUUUAAUGUAAAAACACGCGAAACUAUCAUAUUUUGAUUGUUUUGAUUUCAAUUGAGAUAUACCUAGGUACUUACCUACUUAUAUAAUAUUUGAAGACUAUCCGUGACUGAAAAUGGUAUAAUAAGUUGUCAAAUUAUAUGCGACCUUGGUGUUUAAUACCGUGCAGUAUACUUAUUACUAUUAUAAUAUUAUGUCCAAAUCGUAUACAUAAAGGUUUACUUUGUAUUGUUUAUAAUGUCGAAUAAAAAAAUGACAUUUAAAAUGAAAUCCGUCGUAACAAACUUAAUUUCUGUAUAAUAAUAUGUAAUAAGAGUAUAAUAUUUUAAUGACGAGAUCAGAACACUUAGUCACUUAAUUGGUCACUUAGUUUUUGAAGACAGUUGGCCUUUAAUAAAAAUAACCAAUGACUUUAUCAACGAAUCUUAAGUUAAAUAAUUAUAAUACAUUGCUUUAAAUAAAAAACAAAUAUAAAGUCAAAAAAAAAAAAUAUAUUUAAUGGCAGGAAAUGACGAAUAAGGUUAUAUAUGAAAAAAAAAAGACCAGGAUAUAAAAUAUGUCCGAAGUAUACGUAUAACUUGGUCUUAGUACCAAUAAUGAUGUAAAAUGUAUACGUUCAUAACCAAAAUGUAAUAGCAUUAAAAUACUAUAGCAUACGAAAUUAAUUUUAGUUUAAUAAGUUCGUACUUUGGUAAUUUGUUAAAUACAGUUUUAUACUUCACGUAUCAUAUAUUGUCAUGUGUAAGUCUUUAUUACCUGUACCUAUAAAAACAUAUUAUGUUAGGUAUAGGUAUGUUGUUUAAAAACUAGUAAAUUUAUCCAAGUGGCCUACAUACAAUUUUAUUUUAGCAAAACAGUACCUAUAUGAAUAUAUAUAUAUAUAUAUAUAUGGAUAUAAAUAGAUACAUUUUCUUAAAAUCAGGUUAGAAUAGUUAAAAUUGUGGCCAAUUAACAGUUCCAUGAAUAAAACGAGAGAUAGAUUUCAGGGUGAAGUGACUGAAUACUGUGAUGUAGGUACUUACAAAUGUAAUUACUAAUGACAUUUAUGAACUAUAUUAAUAAUACAAUUAUGCAGGAUGUUAUGUUACUUAACUCAAAAUAUGCAAAAUUUCUGUCCGGUGGACCUUUAUUUGAAAAAUUUAUCGAAAUUUCAACAGUUCCUACCCGAGGUACUUUUAGAUUGAUUUUACAAGAGAUAUUUAUUUUUUUUAUUUUUUUUUUCUAUGUUAACACUUAUUCUUCCAGAAAGCUUACUACUACAUAAAUGAUGCAGACCCUUUUCUGAAAAAAAAUUUUCGGGGGUGAUACUUUAGAACUUAAUUUUUCGAUUUUUCAGAAAAAAUCGAAAAAAAUCGAAAAAAAACGAAUAAAAAUGAAAAAAUGUACGAAAUUUAUUAGUAAUAUAUUAGUAAAAAAUUUUUUUCUGUGGGCAACUUUUCCACCACCAAUUUUACACCGAUUUAAAAUGAUAGUAAGUUUUUUAAAAAGAAAUCUGACUUGAGAGGUACUCAAAGAGAUCAUUUUUCCAUUUUCUCAAGAGUUUUCCCAGCAAAUGUGAAAAACCGAAAAAAACAUAGAAAAACCGAGAAAAACGGGCAAAUCAGUACAUUAUUAAACAAAUAUUAUUAAAGAAAAUAUAUAAUUCUUAUUUAAUUAUUUUAUCAUAAUAUUAGAUAUAAAUUUUUGACAAACCAUCACUAUCAACUGAACUCUGCUCAGAAUCGUUUUUAGUAAGCAAUGGUUUAUCGUUGCUUACAGAUACAAAUUAAUUUCCCCUCUAUAUCCUACCUUCCUAACUUCUUACCAACAACAGUUGUUGCACCUGCACCUGCCCCCAUUAUUCUAGGACAAUUUUUUUUUGUUUGAUUUUUAUUAAUUUAUGGGUUACCCUAUUUAUGACAACAAGAGAAAAAAUAUGUCUGAUACUACUCCCGCUCAGAAUCGUUUUUCGUUUACAAUGGUUUAUUGUUACAUUUAUCUGUGAAAUUAAUUACCAUGUGUAUCCAAUCUUUUCAACUACCCAACUGCAAUGGUGACAAUAAGCAGUAUCAACAUUUUUCUAAUGUUAAUGCAUUACGCGAUGCUUAUAAAAUGGAUGGGUAUAAUUAUGAUCUUUCUAACGAGUUUGUUAAUUACUCAUUCACACAGAAUUUGAUAAUAUCACCUAUAUUUACUAUAAUAAGUAAUAAGCCAUGAUAUAUGAUAAUACACAUUUAAAAAUUACGUUAUUAUUAGGAUAAGGUAACAAGUUAGACGUUAGUACCUACUAUAGGAACUAUUUUAAAAAUCUAGUUAGGGGUGACAUACCGUGCAGUUGUUGUCAUAAUAUAUAUCAUGCUCGGAUGCGUCGACAAUUUAAUUACAGGUAUCACGGUAAUUGUCAAUUUUUGAGACAUUUAGGCCGACGAUUAUUUGGUGUUAUUCGUUUAACUGUAGAAGUGUGGAAAAAAACUGUAAUUUUACAAAGACCUUAAUAAUUUUAAUGUAGCACGAAACGAUGGUAUAGGUAGGUACCAUGUGUACUGCAGUAAAUAUAUAAUAUUAUAUGAAAUGAGACGAAUAGUAGAAAAAAAAAUAUAUGCAAUUGUUAUGGCGAAAUGAAUUAUAUUAUUAUAAUAGUAAUGUAACAUUCGUACAUCAAUUUCGCGAUUGUAUGAAUUUCACGGUUUCAUAAGAAUUAAAAUCGAAUUCACAUCUUUAACGGGAUGUUAAAAUAUUCGGACUUAACUAUUUAUAGUGUUGCUAUUCGUAUAACAUAUAAUAUAUUUAUAUGAUUUUAAUACGGUAUUUUUUUUAAUAAAUCUGUUUUUUUUUUUUUUUUUUAUAGGUGAUUCUUCUGCCAUGGAAAACGACAUAGACAAUCUCAUACCACACGAUGAGGUAAAUAGCGUUUCGAGAAUAUGUAGCAACAAAUAAUAUGGAUCUGAUAGACCAAUGUACCUAUUUAUAAAUAUUUAAUAAAAGUGUCCUAUUACAUAAAUAUGGUACACUAUACUUAAAUCAGUAUCUAUACCGUUAUUUUGUCUAUGUAUCUAUUUACCGAUUUAAAAAAUAAAAAACAAAUAUUGUCAACUAUGAAAAAUUAAUACAAGGAAAAGCUUUCUAAAAAAAUAUAAUAUAUAUUAGACGACCAACACAAAACAAACAUGAUUAAUUAUAUAUCUUACAUACUAUAUACCACUUUCUGCCUAUAGUUAAACAGAUGCAUAAUAAAUUGCCAAAUCGUUCGGGAAAAAAAAUAUAGGUUUAUCUCAAAAAUAAUAUACCUAUAGGCGAACUAAUUUACCAUCUCCGCAAAUAUAAGUCAACAUUAUUAUUGACUAUUUUUAAAAACUUUCUAAAUGUCACAGCGUACAAUGUGAAUCAGCGCCAAUGUGUAAGAUUAAUAAGUUUAAAAUUUUAACCGAACAAAAACUCCCUCAUUUGGUUAAAAUACAUAUUAUUAUAAUAGCUGGUUUUAUCUUGAUGGGGGGGGGGGUUUGUUUUAUGACCUAAAACGUUUCUAACGAUACAAUGUACUACCAUUUAUUAGCAUUUAAAUGCAAAACCAAUGAAUUAUAUUAAUUGCAAAAAGUAUUUAUUAUGGUGCUUUAUGAAGCAUUGUUACAGUUAAUCAUUGUCUGUAGAAUAUGGUGAAAUAAGUGGCUAUAUACAUUUUAAUUUUUUUUUUUUUUUCCGUAAUUCUACUAAUUCAAACACACAAACAUAACUAUAUUAUAGACUUAUAGUGCGCAAUUCUGCUAUUGUUUUUUAAUCAUACAUUUAUUUUAGAUUGGGUAUAAAGAUUUUUUUGCAUGAAAAAUGUGCACGCGUUUUUACUGUUAUUCAAAAUAUCGUUAAUCGAAAAAUUAAUAAUGAAUUUUUCACUCCACUAAAAAUCUAAAACAAACGAAAAUUGUAUUACAUUAUUAGUUUUUUGAAUAAUUCUUGCACAAUCAUGUAUUCGUAAAAAUAACGUUAUUGUGAAAUUUAAAUAUUAAUCAAUAAUAUAAUAUAAUAUAAAGAAAGUGAAAAUUUUAAGAAAUCUUAUUUAGGUAAAAAUCAAUAUUUCUACGGAAGCAAAUAAUAUAUUAUAAGAAUAAGUAAAUUAAUCAAACUCGUGGCUGUCUAAUAUUAUUGACUGCUGUAAAAAAAUAUAGCCUUACCGUGAAAUCGAUAGGUAAAUCGAUUUUAGAAAAAAUUACUUUCGUUCGUUUUUUUUUUUAUUUACUUUUUUUAUUUUAAUAUAGAAUCUGUUAUUCGUCUAGAACAAUUUCUACUAUAUAGAUAUUAAUCGGUAAUUUCAAAAAUGACAUAAGCCACAUUUAAAUGAAUAAAAAAAAACUUCUUGUUAAAUUUGAUAAUUAUAUACCUAUGUGGCUACAUAGUUACGUAUUCUAUGAAAACUACAUUUUUCAGACAUAAUAAAAAUAAGAAACUAGAAUCGCUGCAAAAACAAUUCAUCAUUAAUGAUUUGUGUAAAAUUUCAAUUUUAUGACUUGGGUCGUUUUUCAAUUAAUUUCAAUAUGAAGUUGGCGAAUUUAAAUUGAACUACCUGCCUAAUAAACAUUUUAAAUUCUAAAACUACCUAUAAUAAUUUAAUUUCGAAAUAAUCAAUUCAAAUAAAAUAAGUACAUAUAAUGCGGAUCUAUAAAAACUGAAUAAAAAAUAUAAUACUAUUUACAUACGAGCGUGUUGACAUUUCAUUGGAGUUCGGGAUGUCUCGGAUAAGAUAUAUUUCGUAAGAUUAGUGUGAGCGGGAAAUCGUGUUAAUUUGGAAUUAAAAAUAAAAUUUAUUUUAAUAUAAGUAGGUACCUAAUUAUUUUGCUGUGUGUGCUGUGUGAAAAUCAUAUUAGAUAUACAUAGCAUAUAGGUAGUAAAAAUUGCAUUUACUCCAUAUAUAUAAUAUAUCCGUACUUGAUCUAAAUGUAUACAUUUUAUGACAUUAUAAACCUAUAUUAAAUAUUUUUUUUAAUUAACAACGUGUUAUAAAUGGUUUUUAUUCACGCACGUUUUUUUUUUUUUUUUUUUUUUUUUUUUUAAGAAAUUAGAAGCAUAUACUUUGAACAAUACAGGCCGGGUGAAAAAAGAGUUGAUAUUUUUCAACAGAGUGCCAAAAGUGGGCAGUCAGACGUUCAUGGAAAUAUUGAGAUUGCUGUCGUUAAGAAAUCAGUUUGUAUUUUAUCAGGAUCACGUGCAAAGGGUCGAAACCAUUCGUCUGGCUGAAACCGAACAAGUGAAUAUAUAUUGUUAUAAGAGUUGAGACCUAUACGAAAUCACAUUUACGCGUAUAUAUUAUUACAAAUUUUGAGAAUUAUAAUGAAAUUGGCUUUUAUGGGUUCUAGUCUAACUGGGACAUAAUAUUGGUAGGUAAAAAAAAAACUUGACUAAUUUUGUUUUAAUUAGGCAGGUUUUAGUCUCUUUAAAAAAAAAAAAAGAAGCUAUAGCGAUAUAAUGUAUUAUAUUAUUGUUAUGCAUACGAUACUUUUGUGUAUCGAUAAAAAUAUUUAUAUUUAGUGUAUUUUAUUGGAAAUAUAUUGUUUCGCAAAAAGUAAUAUAAUAUAUAAUUCGACUAGUUAUACCUAUAUUUAUUUAUUUCGAUGCAAAUAAAAAAAAAAAAAAAGGAAAUACUUAAUACCUACUUAAUAGUUAAAUAGAAUACAUAUACGAGUACCAUACUAAAUUAUUAUUAUUUUACCACACUUUAUGAUACAAUAUUAUAAAUUCGUUAUACGAUUAAUAUCCGAGUAUAUAAAAACUAUUAGGGUUAUUAAUUUUGUUUCCAUACAAAUGUAUUAUAUUUAUAAUCAUAUUUUCGUAAUUAGGCAUACCUAUAAUAUCGUGUCACGCCUGUACGGCCCGACGGACAUUCGCAUAGUGUUUAUUCAAUGUACAUAGUUUAUACACAUAGGCACAAUUAGGGAGGUUGGAGGGGCUAAACCCCCUCAAAAACAUUAAAAUCCCUCCAAAAACAUACGAAACUUUAUAUCAUUAUAUUGAUAAAUAAAAAAAAAGCAAUAUGUGAUAACUACUGAAAAAAUAAAUAACAAAAUAUAUUUUUGUUUUUUUUUUUUUUUUAGUAACGCAAUAUUAUAAUCACGGUCUUAGAUACGUAUAGACCGUACUUAUAAUAGCGCACCGCAGUUGUUUAUCAAUAAAUAAAAUAUUAUCCCCGACUAUAUUUUAUAUUUCCGGUCAGUUUGGCUACUUGUGAACGAUCAUUUACUGCAAUGAGAAGAAUUAAUAACUACCUCAGAUCUAAUAGGUCACAGGAACGGUUUUCGAAAUUGGUAAUUCAUAAUAUUAAGAGAGAUAUUAUUGUUGAUAUUGACAUUUUUUUAAAUACACUUGCUAAACGAAAUAAAAAUAAAAAAUAUAAAAUGUAGAAAACUAUAUUAAAUUUGUUACCUAUACUUUUAAGUGAAUUAUUGCUUUAUUUUUUAUUUUUAAGUAUUACCUUCCAAAACGAAAUUUGUAUAGAGGCUAAAAACUUCUGAGAGGCAGUGAUUGAAAAAUAUAUAGGAGGGACUGAAGCCCUCUAUAUUGUUUACUCUAAUUGUGCCUAUGUUUACACACAAAGCUGGGCAAGUUAACCAAUUUUUUAAACUAUUUUAAGUUAAUUAAUUCAAAAAUAAAAAAUAAUAAUAAUUAAGCCAAGCUAAGUUAAUUUUAAAAAUAUAUAAACGGAUUUGAGUAGGUAGGACAUAAAGGUUUAUACUAAGUAGGUAGUAAAAAAUCACUAAACACAUUUUGAAACAACGAAUAUAAUACUAUUUUUUCUUCGACACUUGAAAUAUUAAUUUCAAAAAAACUUUCACUCUACUUAAUUUUUUUUCUUCUUACAAAAUUCAGAUUCACAAUCUGACAUAGUAUGUAUUUCAGAUGGUGUUUUUAAGUUACUGCCUCAUAUACAAUAAUAUCAUACAACAACAAAACGGUUUGCAUACAUUGCAGAAAAAAAGCAAUUCAUUUCAAUUUAACUUCCAAACACUUCAUACAUUUAGACUAUAGGUACCUAUAGUUAUUAUACUUUCUUACAAACACUAGAACUGUUCAUUAUAAUAUGUAGGUAGGUGUAUAAUAGCAAGUCUUGUCGCGGUGUAGAGUAACGAGAUUUUAAUUAAAACGAAAUCUAAUCUUGUAAUAUUAUUAUAAUAUAUUAAAAUUAAGAUUUUGAAAAAUUGGAUUUAAUAACAAAUUACAAUCAUUACAUGAUAAUUUAUUAAUAAAUAUAAAUUCAACGUAUCUGUACGAAAUCCAAAUGUAUAACAACUUACACUAUGAAGAAGCACGCGCCACUACACUAUAAUAUAUGUUAUGUACUAGAUAGAUGGGUGGAUAAUAAUAUAAUAUUAUAAUAUAUCUAUAUUAUAAUGUUAAAUAUCUAGGUACGGUAUUGUUUUUUUUUUUAUUUGAGUAAACGUAAUAAUUUUAGUCUGCAUUCGAAAUCGGUACGCCUUUUUUAAUAAUAAUUAAAACAUUAUUAGAAAGGAACGAAAAUUCUAAUUUUAAAAUGCAUGAAUGUAUAAUGUACUAUUUUGUUCAAAAAGUAUGUUAAACCCAUCGUUUAAUUAAAUAUUAGAAGUGUAAAACUAUACGAUGUGAACAAGAAUUUAUGUUCGCAUUGUGUUAUAAUAAGUAGAAUCCGUAACGUUUUUGCCCGAAUAAAUAGUUAAUUUAAAACUUUUCCUUUUUUAUUAUGAAAAAAAAAAAUGAUAGAUUAUAAUAUACGAGUAGCUGGUACUUCUAUUAUACAUAUAUUUUUUAAAUUAAAUAUUAAAACAUAUUAUACCUUAUAUAUAUUAUAUAUUUUUUAUGUUGUACUCGGUAGAGCGCCAAAGAAAUGAUAUUGCGAUAAACAUUAAAUUGUACACCAGGUAUUCCAUAUAAUAUUUUGAUGAAACUAUAACUAAUUCAAACAAUGUCUAUAAUUUCGUAAUAAUACAACUAUAGCUGGUGCUCGUUAGUUUUUAUGUAAUAUAAAUUAUGCGGUAUGGAUACACACAAUGAAUUUACUAACCGCAAAAAAAAGUAAUGUGGAAGUUAAUUAUUUGUAGGUUAACGUCAGAAUAAAUAAUUGAUAGUUGAUAUUAAAUGUUAAUUUAUUUGAAGACAAUAACCGAAUAAAGCCAGUGGCGUCAUUUGGUAAAGGGGGGGGGGGGUAAGGUGCAGCUGUGCACAUGCCCCUGUCUGAUAUAAAAAGCAGCCCGUUCAAUAACGGUUGAAUCCGUAUCCGUUCAGAAUCGUUUUUUCGUUAGCAAUGGUUGCGUACAAAUAUACAUUAAAUUUCACCUCUACCUUCCCAAAUUUUACCUACAACAGUGGCUGCGCCCGUCCACAUUAUCCUAGGACAGCUUUUUAUAAUUUGUAACUUACAUUAUUAUUACAAUUUUAGUUUGUACCAAUAUAAAAGAGGCUAACAUUUUUAACGCAUCCCCUCGUGUGAGGAAUUGUUGAAAAGGACUUUUAAAAUUCUAUAAAUAUUUGUAUGCGCAUAAAUAUAUAUCCCGACAUACCUAAAAUAGCCACUUAAGUUGAUCAAAAUAUGCCCUUCUCCAUUUGUGAUAAAAAAAUUCAAGCUCUUCAAAAACACUUUUAAUGACAUUUAUUUUGAAUAAAACAUUAACUAGUCAUUGUUUUUGGAAAUAAAUCAAAAGCAUCGUAUCUAGUGAAUUAUUUUACGAUUGGCAUAUAACGAAAUUCAUUCACUUAUUAUUAUUAACUAGUCAUUCUAAUUUGUAUUUAUUUUUUUUGUAAUUGUCUACACUUGUACCAUUUUCCAUUGUUUUUGUCGUUGGUGUCUCUGAUACGAUUAUUUAUUUCCAUCAUAUGGCAAUCCUCUAAGUGAAACGCAUCAUGGAGCAAUAAUUGUAAAUUGGUUAGGGUUUUCAUGGUUUUGUACUACACACAAUUAUAUAAAUCACAUUUUAACUUGUACAGUUGUUGGUACCUAUAUAUAAUUUUAAUGUUUAUCAGAUUUUAUUACAUGCACCAUGUGACUAUAUAGGAAUGCAGGUAAUUUUUAUAUACACGUAUAUUUAAAUCCGGUGUUUUCCAAACUUUCAGGCACUGCAAACUACUUUAGAUAACACAUAUGGGUCCAAUGACCUAACCUAAUGGUUGCUGACCUCAUAUCGAUUUUAACGAGACCUUUUUUUCUCUCGCAACUUCUUUUUUUUGUUUUAUAGCAAGUUUAUCAGAUCUGUUUUGUUGCUCGUAAUUGACUUCGCAGAUAAGUCUACGGACACACAGAAUUGGAAAACACUGAUUUAAAAUUAAUUACUUGUAAAUACAUUUUUUUGUAUAUUUACAAUAUAAUUAAAAAUUCAUUGUAGUGAACAAUAUUGUAAAAAGGUCAACAAAUUUAACGAAUUUGUCUACUAAGUAUCAGAUUGACUAUCAAAAUGUAUUAUUAUUAGGUUAAAAAACUAUAAGCUUUAAUAUAGUGCAAAAAACUGUCUAAAACGAAACUAUACAAUAAGGAACUGCGUUGAUAAUUUCCGUUAAUUGCAGAGUUCUGUUUUACAGAAGUUUAAAUACGUACAUGUGCGUUUCAAUUUUGGAACCACUUAAAUUUUCGUUAUGUUUAGGGUCCGUGUUAGACCGGUUUUAUUACAUUUAAAUAAAAUAUAAAUUAUUAUUUUAUUCGAACCACAUUAAUGGUUUUUUUUUUUUUUUUAGUACCUAAUUAUUGAAGAUCGACAAUAGAUUAAUAUGUCAAAUACGACAAUAUCAGAUUCACUGCAGUAAUUUCAAUACAUAUUUGUUUGUAUUUUUUUUCCGUAAAUUUCUAUAGGUACCUAGUAUAUACAAAUCACAAUGCACGACCUAGUUUUAAAUUUUGAUUAUUGCAAACUAUUUAGUAUGAGCAUACGGCAGAGGUAGAUAGGUUUCGGAGAUAGUGUUUGGAAAAAAAAAAAAUCGAAGGAGUCUUGAGAAACUCGUAAAUAUUACGUAUAUCUUCCUCGACGAAAAAAAAAAUUAGUCAAAAACGGUAUACAGAUACUUAAUAUGGUAACGAAAGAAAAAAACACCAUCAUAUAAGAUUUCAUUUUAAAAUGAAUUGAGCGUGUACUUAAGUAAUGUGUUGUUGAAUAGAAAAACAUAUACAACUAUAUAUAUAUAUACAUUAUUUUCAGUAGACAACUGCAGUACUCACGUCAUAUUAUGUAUACAUACGUAAAUAUAUAAAUAUAUGUUACUUAUCUACUAUUAUUUUUACUUUUUUUUUUAACAUAUAUAAUUACAGGCACCUAUUAAAAAAUUAAAUUUUCUCAUGAUUUAUAAUGUACAAUAAUAUAGUUAAUGAUAACUGCCGAGAGAAAAUGUACUUACCUUAUAUACAAUAUCAUAGAGCCAUGCCAAUAAACUAUGGCGAAUAUGGUAACUGCUACCAAACAUUGUAAACCUACCUAUGUGUAUAUUACUUAUUUACCGAUAAAACGGUAUUAGAAUAUUUUUCGAAUCUAUACUUACAAUAAUUGUGGUAAAAAUAAAAACUCUUAGAAAAUACAUAAUAUACCAGGGGAAAAGAAGAACAAAAUGUUUACAAUAAUGAACUGUUGAAAAAUAAAUUUAAAAAUUUAUAUUUUCAGCUUCGCGUGGCUUCUAUGGUGUCAAAAUACGAUACACCUUCGGUGUUUAUAAAACAUAUAUCUUUCGUCAAUUUUACCAAGUAAUUAAUACCAUAUUAUAAUAGUUUUAUUAUUAAGUAGAUAUAUAGUAGUAUAUUAUCAUUCUUCUUCUUCUCAUAAGCUCUACAGGCCAUGAUGGCUUCCAAAACCAUUCUUCUCCACUCAUCGCGGUCUUUGGCAACAUUCCUCCAGUUCCGUAUCCCCAUCUGUUGUAGAUCUUUCUUAAAUUCGUCUAUUCAUCUGCUUCCAGGACGUCCUUGUCCACUGGUUCCCUUCAUUCUUGCAUGCAUUACCCGUUUGGGUAGUACAUUAUCAUAGUAAUAACGAUAUAUCUAGUUAACCCAUGGAAAGUUUAUUAUUGGCGGGCGUUAAAUAUAGGUAUACAGUUAACAGUUAAAUUUUGCAUUCGGAUUUUAAGUAUGUUUUACUUACGGAACUUAAGUUUGUUUUAUUUUUCGAAAUUCGAAUAGUAUCUGUAUAAAGAAUAUAUUAUUAUACUGAGACUAUCUGAUUAAAUUUAUUUCUAACUACCUAAUUACCAAUGCUAAAUUUAAUACCCGCGCGUAGAUGGAAUCCCCUACCUCAUCUCUGACCAUCUCUCUACCUGCUCUUUUCACCCUAUUCGUUCUGCAGGUCAUUAAUUAUUGGAAUUUUGAUUUAUUUUAUGUUUGUUUUUAUUAUAAUAUAUAUAUAUACACACUGUCGUAUAGGUUUUACCUGCCAGAGCCCAUCUACAUCAAUCUGGUAAGAGAUCCUGUGGAACGGGUCAUAUCUUGGUAUUACUACAUCAGAGCGCCGUGGUAUUACGUGGAGAGAAAACACGCGUUUCCCGACACUCCGUUACCCGAUCCAAAUUGGUUGAAAAAAGUAAUAAAAAAUAACAACCAUUAUUUUACAUGGCACGUUCGUAUUAAAAUAAUUUCUAACCGAUUGGCGCGUGGUGAAUGGAUGUCAAACGAAUGAUAUUUUUCUCUCAAUCGUAACUAAUACCUACCCACUUAAUUUAGGACUUUGAAACUUGCGUUCUUCGCGGCGACCGGGAGUGUCGGUACACGCAAGGCGAAAAACGUGAGGGAAUCAGUGACCAUAGGCGGCAGACCAUGUUUUUUUGUGGACACGACGAGGAAUGCACGUGAGUAUUACAUUGUAUUUGUACUUAUAUACAAAAAUAUAUUCAUAUAACAGAGUGGGAAUGGUUACUUGGAAUUGUUUACUUUAAAACGUAGGUAUAUCGGAUACCCAUUCGUGGCGUAUAAUUAACUGUUUAUGGGGAGACUCAGUCUUUUGCCUUCAUCCCAACUAUUUGGGAUUGGCAACGCUCGUCCUAAAUUUCCACUUGGCUAGACUUUUGAUAAAAUAUAUAAUAAUAAAAAAAUAAUAAAAAUCGAAAGCAAAACAAUGUAUAAUAAUAUGAUCAUGAGUAGACUAGAAAUCCAAGAAUUUUGCAAAAUAUCACAGUAAAUCAGUGUUGAAUCCAGGUAUAUAACAGGGCAGGAAGCAAUAGCCCUCUCUGGAAAUUUGGUUUGCACCCCCUCCCUAUUUAAUGUGGAUAAAUUAAUAACUAAUUAAAAUCUUAGAUAAGCAGAAAAAAAAAAGAUCAUUACUAUAAUUUUAGUGAUGCCUCUCCCAAAAAAAUUGUCUGGAUUCAACACUACCGUAAAUGCAUAUACAUUUAAGCAAGUAGAACAUUAUAAAUACUAGGGCGUUAAUUUGAAUAAUACGAAUGGCAUGCUUAAGAAAAUAAUAUUAGAAACCUGAAACAAUAAGAGGAAACAUAUAUGAAUUUAAAUCAGAUAAAUGAAACAACAGAAAUGAUUCAAUUCUCAAAUUGAGAAUUCAGAUAAUAGCUUUGUGGAGGAAUCUGGUAGAAGAAGCAACAGGCCUUAAUGACCUGUAAAAGCUAUUAGGAGAAAAAAAAGACCAUUAAUAUAUUUCAAAGCAUAUUUAACUAAACUUUUUGCUUACUUAACUAUGCUACUUUCGAAUUAUAUUUGUGAAUCUCAACAUAGAUUUUUAUUCAACACUCAAUCUCAACUAACCUCCUAAUAUAUCAGUCUGAACUUUUAAAAUGGUCAACAAGUAGAUACUGUCUAUACUGACUUGCAAAAAGCAUUUGAUAAAAUAAUUCAUCCACCACUUUUAUAUAAACUAAAAUUGUUUGGAACUUCUGGCUCGUUUUGGAGGGAAUUGCUUCGUAUUUGCACAAUCGAACUCAUAUUGUAAAAAUAUCUUUUCAUACAUCGAUGAGUUUCAAUUAUUAUCAGGUGUACCGCAAGGAUCUCAUUUAGAACCACUACUUUUUUUAUUAUUUAUAAAUGAUUUGUCUCAUAUUUUUGAUAAUUAUGUUAAAGUUCUUAUUUUCACAGAUGAUGCAAAGUUUUAAACUAAAAUUAAUUAAAUUUCUGACUCUGUUAACUUACAAAAAACCUAGAUAAGUUUUUAAAUUGGAGUUUUUUUAAAUUUUCUUCUGUUAAAUAUUGAUAAAUGCAAAAAUUGUUUCCUUUACUCGUAGUAAAAAUCCUGUUACUUAUAAUUACUCUUUGAAUAAUAUAGCUUUAAAUAGAGUUAAUUCAAUAAUUGAUAUUGGCAUUAAUUUCAGAUAUGACUUAUCUUUAAGAAUAAAUCAUGAUCAAAUGCUUAGCAAGGCUUACAAAACGUUAGAUUUUAUACAUAAAAAUACUCAAAAAUGUAAAAGCCCUACUACUUUGAAAACUCUUUAUUGCUCCCUAGUGCGAUCUGUAUUAGAAUUUGCUUCAGUAAUUUGGUUUCAAUCAUUAUCCACUUUAAUUACGAUCUUGAUAACAUUCGGUAUACAUUUUUAGAAAGAAUUGUCCAUAUGAUUAACCUCCCAAUUUCGAGAGACUCUGUCCUUUUAGUCUAAAUUAUAGUAAAUUUGGACUCUCUUCUACUUAGACGUCAAUUGAUCGAUAUUAUAUCCGUGUAAUUUAUUAAAUUAUGAUACUGUAUGUCCUGAGCUCCAAGCUCAAAUCAAUUUUUGAAUCCCUUCCUUUUUCUCAAAAUCACAAUAUUUUUGCUAUCCCUUAUUUCAAAUCUAAAACAGCUGAUAACUACUUUUUUGUUAGAGCUCUGAAACUUGCUAAUUUAGUCUUCACUGCUUUAGAUUUCAUUUAUAUUUCUUCUGAUACUUUUAGAUUUAAGUCUACAUUUUAAAAAAUGAUUAUAAUUUUAAUUAGUUCCAUUGUCAUUUAGUAUUUUCUUUAGCAUUUUAUACAUAUAAACUAGUUGUAACUUAUUUUUCAUUUUGUAGGUAUAUUUAAUUUAUAUAGUGUUAUACAUGUUCACUUUUUAUAUUUAUUAUCUUGUUAAUUUUUAUUAAUUUAUUUACUCUUUCAUAUUACACUCUAUAUUGUAAAAGGGCUGUCAUAUUGAUUAUAAAAUAAAUUGUUAUUGAUACUUAUAGAUAUAAAUUAAAUUAGGUACCUAUAUAUAUUAUCCUGGUACCCUAGUUCACACCUACAACAGUGGUACACCUGUCAACAGCAUCUUUUUUUAAAAAUAAUUUGGUACACAAUAAAUCUUACAUUUUUUUAAACUAAAAACAAAAAAUUAUUUUUUAAUAAAAUCAAAGAACUAUUUUUUAUAAAUAUAUUUUGAAAUAAAAUUGUAUAGUUAAAAAUUAGAAAAUAUGUUUAAUUUAGAAAACUAGAAAUAUUCUGAAAACACAGAAGACAGGUUAUCAAUGUUUUUAUAUGGAUAGAUUAUGUAGUUGCUGAUCCUGUACUAACAUAUAUAUUUUCUCAGUCCAUUUAAUUCAGAAGGUGCACUGGAGAGAGCCAAACGAUCUGUGGAACAACAUUAUGCAGUGGUUGGCGUAUUGGAAGAUUUUAACAUCACCCUGACAGUAUUUGAACAUUACAUACCGAGGUUUUUUAAAGGAGCGUCCAAUGUCUACUAUGGUAACUUAACCUAAAAAUGUUACAUUGUGUAAACUUGUCUCAUAACAUUUGUAUGUGUUCCAACAGGAGAUAUGGGCUUACAUAAGGUCAAUCACAAUGCUUUCAAGCCAAUUAUCAGUGAAGCCGUUAAGGACAUAGUGAGGAAAAACUUUACCAGAGAAAUAGAAUUUUAUCAGUUUUGCAGGCAACGAUUAUACAGACAGAGACUAGCAUUGAACUUGUAAAAGAACAAACACAGCUGUUGAUGUCAAUAAAAAGUUCCUUAAACACUUCUUCAACAUUAAAAUUUGAGUUACAUAUUUUUUUUUGUUACAUAUUAUUGUUGUACACAGAAAAAAUAGAUAUAAUAUUAAUGUUUUACAUUUUUAAAACUUUACUAUGUGAAUAGUUGAACAUGGGAACAUUCAAAAAUUGUGAAUACUAUUUAAUUAUAAAAGAAACACAAAUUUAAAAAAAAAUUAUUGCUAUCAUGUAUAUAUUCCAGCCUAUGUUAUUUUAGUUUAACAGUUAGUUAAGCCAAUUGGAACGGAGGAUUAGCUUGAAACAGACUCUUUUAUGAAUUUUAUGUCAAAUUUGUAUUUUUAAUAAUUACGACAUAUUUUGUUUCAUUAAUAUAAAAAAUGACAGUUUCAUAAACAAUAUAAUAUUUUUAAUAUAAAUAUAAUUUUUAAAUUACAUGUAUACGAGAUAAAAACCACUUGUUUAAAAAUACUAGUGUACUUCAAAUUUUAAUAUAUACAAAUAAUUUUGAGUUAUUAAGUUAACAAUUAUAAUUUAUUUAUAACGCCACUUUGGACUUUUUCCGGGCAAUGGCAUCUUCUACAGCCUUCAGUUGUUUUAACAAUUCUUCUCGCCUUGAUGGUGGUGCUGCUGCUGCGGCGGCUGCAGCAGCAGCUGCUACGGCCGCUGCUACUCCUUUCUUCUGUCAAUAAAAUAUAGUUUGUUGAACAAAUAAACAAAAAAAGAUGAAUUACUAACCUAAAAUUAAAAUUAUUAAAUAAUCUGAACGUAUCACAUGUUUCAGUAUUCAUUCAAAAAUAAAUAAGGUUUUUUUAUGGAUAGAAAAAAAGAUACUACCCAUAGAUAAUACUUCAAUUAGACAAAAUAAUCUUUUGAAUUAAAUUUCACUUAGCGGGAUAAAAAAAUGAUUCUUGAAGCAAAAUUUUCACUUGAAAUAAAACUAAAAUAUUGUUUUUAGAAACAAGUUAUUUGGGUUUAUUUUACAUAAAAAUAAAUAGUAAAAUAUUAUUCUGAUAAAAGGUUGCAUUUUCUGAGUAUGAAAGUAGUUUUGCUGUUGACUAAGAAGUAUUAUAAAAUUAAUUUGAUUUCAUUCAAUGAUAUUCAAAUUAAUGUAUUUAAAUAAUAUGCUUAAUGAUACAUACUCUAGGAGGAGACAAAUUUUUAUUAUCUUCAUUAUCAAAAUCCAAUGGCCUCUUUUUCCCUUGAAUAGUGGAUUUUUCUAGAAAAAUAAUACAUAUUAAUAUAAAUAAAUAAAUAAUAAACUCAAAUUGUGUCUAACCUUUUCUGACUGCAGGAACAAGUGGCGCAGAAAUUUUAUUUUUCAUAUUUUGUUUCUGCGAUUUUUGCAUCUUAAUAAAAUAAAUGUAUACAUAAUUAUUAUUAGAAAUUUUUUAAAAAAAAUGCUAACACACAUACUUUAGAAACAGCUCCUUUUUUCACUAAUUUGUCUGGGGACAUUGCUAGUGUUUUAAGUUUUGGACUUCCUCCUUCUUCAGACGAUGAUUCUGAACCACUCGAAUCAGAUGAUUCUGAAGAACCAGAACCAGACACUGAUUCACUGCUUGACGAAGAAGUAGAGGUGUGAGUACUAGCUGGAGACUUUACUCCACUUAAUUUAUUUACAGCAAACCUAGGUGGCAUUGGCAUUUGUCUUGCUCUAAAGUUUACAAAAUGUAAAAACAAAUUAAUUAAAGCUUUUCAUGGGUUCAAAUCUAAUUCUUUACCUUUGUAAAGGAGGCAUAGAAGGUGCAGAAUUAGUAGGAGAAACAGACCAACGAUUAGUUGGCACUGGAGGAUUCAUUGAUCGACUCAUAUUUUUCUUUUCAAAUCCAUCUGGAGAAGGAUUUCGCUCUAAAAAAAAAUAA